AGAUACAGUCAACAUGGGACCCCGAGAACUGGAAGUACUGUCCCAGUAAGGAGAACCCGGCAGACUUGUUGACACGUGGUUUAUCGUGCGGCGACCUUGGAUCUAGUGAACUGUGGUGGAACGGGCCCAAGUGGUUAACCUCACCUGUAGAGGAGCAUCCAGCUCAGAGUUUUUCCAAAGAGGAACCCGAUGACUGCAAGAAAGAGAGAAGAGCGACACAUUCGUGUACAUCUGUCCUAACAAAACCUGUACUGAUAGUGGAUCCAAACCUUUAUAGUACGUGGUUGAAGUUGAUUCGUGUUACAGUCUACGUUCUUAAGGCUGUAAGAUUGUUCAAAGCAAAAACUGUUUCUACUGUGACUGAACUGUCUAGCGAGGAGUUGAAACAAGCAGAGAUGUAUUGCCAUAGAACUGUUCAAAGGGAAGUGUAUUCAGAAGACUACAAGACACUGAAAGAAGGCAAACAGCUGACAAGUAGCAGCCGUCUCCUUCGACUUGACCCAUACUACGACGAAAAGGAUCAAGUCUUGCGAGUAGGAGGACGACUGCAGUUUGCGGACCUUCCUGAAGAGAACAAGCAUCAGAUUAUCUUACCUCAUGGACAUAUCGUUGUACAAAGACUAGUAAGAGAUUUACACAUCCAGCUGUUGCAUGCUGGGCCCGAGACUGUUCUGUCGACUUUACGAAACAAAGUUUGGAUCACUCAAGGGAGAAGAGAGGUGAAAGGUAUCAUUAGGAAGUGUGUUGCUUGUCAGAAGCUUAGAGUGGGACCUUGUGGACAGAAGAUGGGGCCACUACCCAAAGAGAGAGUUCAAUGCUCGCCCUCGUUCACAAAUGUCGGCAUUGACUUCGCAGGCCCAUUGUAUGUGAAGGAAGGUACAAGCACCAAGAAAGCCUACGUGUGCGUGUUUACAUGUGCGUCUUCGUGUAUGGUCCAUUUGGAAUUGACGAACAGUCUCACAACAGACGAGUUUCUACAAGCGCUGAGCCGUAUGACAAGCCGACGAGGUUUAUGCAGUACGAUAUGGUCGGAUAAUGCAAAGACAUUUAAGGCUGCAAGUAAGGAGAUCCAAAAUUUCUAUGGUAAUCCUGCAAAGAAGAGUAACGCUACGUGGAGCAAGCUCGACCAAGACCGUAUUCAGUCAGAAUUGUCGUCCAAAGGAAUAACAUGGAAAUAUAUCACUGAACGUUCGCCAUGGAGAGGUGGUUGGUGGGAAAGGAUGUGCAGAGCUGUUAAGGAGCCACUUUGCAAGGUUUUGGGUAAAGCACUUCUUAGCUUCAGUGAACUUAACACCCUGCUUAUAAAAGUAGAGGCAGUUAUCAAUUCCAGGCCAUUGACAGCAGUAAGUGAUGACCAUAGAGAUCUAUCGCCAAUCACUCCCGCUCAUCUAACCAUUGGAAGAGCACUUGAAAGUUUGCCAAGCCCUACGAAAGACGACCUYGAGAGUUCAACAAAAGGAACAGUCACAAGAUAUUUGUACUUACAGAGAUUGCUUAAUCAUUACUGGAAGCGUUGGGAGAAGGAGUAUCUGCAUAAUUUAACGACAAGAGUCAAGUGGAAGACUACAGAGCCCCCCGUGCAAGUGGGAGACAUAGURCUAGUCUCUGAAGAUAACGUUAGUCGUCUAAAGUGGCCAUUAGGAAGAGUGGAAAAA